CCGGCGUUCUUAAAAGCAGCAGAGUUGCAUUUCUUCCGAAAGACAAAUUGAAAGGAUUGUUUAUUUAAUUUUUGUGAAAAUUAAAAUAAAGUUAAACUUCGAAAAUUUAUAACCGACUAUACACCAAUUGAACGCCUGCCACAAUGGAACAAGGACCCCAACUGCCACAAGGCGGACUUAAACGCGGCGCAGAUAUGGAACUUGUACCGGCUAAAAAGUCGCGAACGGAUGUUAUCGAAUAUGAUCCAAAUUCGGGUUCAAAACCAGCUCGUACGUCAUCUCUACUUUCACCAAUUAUGUUAUUGGAAGGUCACGAAGACGAAAUCUUAGCGGCUCGAUUCAGUCCAAAGGGUGAUGUUGUCGCUUCGGCUGGCGCAGAAAGAGGAGUUUACAUUUGGAAGACAUAUGGCGAAUGUGAGAACGCAAUUAUGCAACCCAACCAUCGUGGCACGAUAAUUGAUCUAACGUUCAACUACGAUGGGACUUCGCUCUACACGGCGUCCAUCGAUAAGACCGUAGGCGUUUGGGAUGUUGCUACUGGGUCGAGAAUAAAGAGAUUGAAGGGUCAUACCAAGUUUGUAAAUGCUGUCGGCGAAACCAAGAAAGGCGAACCGUUUGUCGUGAGCGGUAGUGACGAUUGUCAAGUUCGUGUCUGGGAUGUGAGACGUAAAGGAUCCGUCAUCAAUUUAAACUCUGAGUAUCAAGUGACUGCUGUUUCAUUUGGAGAAAAUCAGGAACAAAUCAUUUCCGGUGGGAUUGAUAAUGAAAUUAAAAUGUGGGAUUUGAGAAAUGCGAGUGUUGCACAAAGUCUGCAGGGGCACAAGGAUACAAUUACGUGUUUGAAACUGUCACCGGAUGGGAGCUACAUUUUGAGCAAUUCGAUGGAUAAUACUCUCCGAGUUUGGGACGUUCGUCCGUUUGCUCCUGAAAAUCGUUGCAUGAAAGUUUUUAGUGGUCAUUCACACGGAUUUGAAAAAUACUUGUUAAAUUGCGCUUGGUCCAAGGAUGGACAGCGGAUUGCAUCUGGAAGUGCGGACAGAUUUGUUUAUGUUUGGGACACACAUACCCGACAGAUUCAGUAUCGGCUGCCAGGUCACGAGGGAACUGUAACGUCUGUGGAUUUACACCCUACAGAGCCAAUUUUAAUGUCGGCCGGAGUGGAUAAGCAGAUAUAUUUAGGGGAGAUUGACUUUGCAUAAAUACCAGACAUUCUCAUUCUUAUUCAGCAUUCGACACAUAGUAAAUACAUACAUUGUUGUUAAUGCUGUUAUUGUACUUUUUAUUAUUGCUCGACUUCGUAUAAAACAUAAAUCAAUCUACUAUUAUAACUUAUUAUUAUGUAUAUGAUUUGGCGAGUCAUUUCAUUUAAUAAUAAAUAAAUAGUUUGUACAGCUUA